GUCACAAAAAAACAAAAAUGAACAAUUUGCAAGUCAACAAAGUAAAGUAUAUUAAAAUGGACAGUACAAUCUACCCAAGUAUGUUAUAUGUCAUUAAAAAAACACACGAGGUGACCAAGUGGCUAUAAGUAUGACCAUGUCCUAGGUCAUUCUAAAGGAUGCAUAUAAUAGUAUCCUCCCCAUCAUCUUCCAUCUUCCAACUUCCAACCCAUUUCAUAACAACCAUCACCAGCUUCAUCAGUCCAAUAACAGAAGUUCAAUGGCCAUCCCUCUAUCCAUGAUGAUGAUGUCCUUCGAGGGACACAGGCAAGACACAUGCCUGUUCCAAAACCCUGUUCCAACUCCAAGUUUCAAUAGAAAAUUGAUGUUCCAGGCCCCAUCAACAAGAGAAGUAAGAAGUAGAACACUGGGAAAAAACAGUGUGGUAUGUAAGAUCAGUGACUCCUCCCCACCCCAGGUUUCGGAGCUCAAGAAAACGACUGAGAUAGCUAAAGAGCCUAAGAGAAUAUUAGCAGACACUUGGAAAGAAAUUCACGGCGAAAAUGAUUGGGCAGGCAUGCUUGAUCCCAUUGAUCCCCUCUUGCGAUCUGAACUAAUUAGAUAUGGGGAGAUGGCACAAGCCUGUUAUGAUGCACUUGAUUGGGAUCCAUACUCCAAGUAUUGUGGCAGUUGUAAAAUCAAGCCUAACAAGUUCUUUGAAAGUCUCGGAUGGACACAGUGUGGAUAUGAAGUGACCAGCUAUCUCUAUUCAACUUAUAACAUGAAUCUCCCAAAUUUCUUCAAAAAAUCUCUCUGGCCAGAAGGGUGGAGUCAUGUAGCAAAUUGGAUAGGCUAUGUGGCAGUGUCAAAUGAUGAAACGUCGGCUUAUUUAGGCCGUAGGGACAUAACAAUUGCUUGGCGUGGGACAGUUACAAAGCUCGAGUGGCUUGCAGACUUGAUGGACUUUCUGCAGCCAGUUUCAUAUCAAAAGAUUGCAAGUCGCGAUCCAUCGAUCAAAGUUGAGGCCGGGUUUCUCCACCUCUACACCGACAAGGACAAGAGUUGUGAUUUCUGCAAGUACUCUGCAAGAGAGCAACUUCUAGCAGAAGUCAAGAGAGUGAUUCAGAAGUAUGGAGAUGAGGAAUUGAGCAUAACCAUUACAGGGCACAGUCUAGGCAGCGCACUUGCAAUGCUUAGUGCUUAUGACAUAGCCGAGACAGGGGUGGACUUGGGGGAAGAUGGGGAGGUCAUUCCUAUAAGUGUAUUUUCAUUCUCCGGGCCACGAGUUGGGAAUUUGAGGUUUAAGGAGAGGCUGGAGGGGUUGGGGGUGAAGGUGCUGAGGGUGGUGAAUGUUCAUGACGAGGUGCCUAAGGUACCUGGAUUAUUUUUCAAUGAGCAACUGGCUCCAGUGCUGCAGAAGAUAGGAGAAAUGUCAUGUUGGUGUUAUUCUCACGUCGGCGAGGAAUUGGCUUUAGAUCACACCAAAUCUCCAUUCUUGAAAGACAAGAGCAACCUGGCAUGCUUCCAUAACUUGGAGGCUCACCUGCAUUUGCUUGACGGGUACCAUGGGAAGGGGAGCAGAUUUUGGCUUGCUAGUGGAAGAAACAUUGCAUUGGUGAACAAGAAUUCUGAUUUCUUGAAGGAUCAUUUCCUGGUGCCACCAAACUGGUGGCAAACUGAGAACAAAGGGCUGAUCAAAAACCAUCUCGGCCACUGGGUUCUGCCUGAGAGGCAUGAUCUUGAGGACCAUUUGCCUCCACAAGAUUUACACCAUCAUCUCCAGCAACUGGGUCUAGUUGUUGAAGACUAA